AUGUCUGGACGUGGAAAGCAGGGAGGCAAAGCCAGAGCAAAGGCCAAGACCCGCUCUUCUCGGGCCGGGCUGCAGUUCCCCGUCGGCCGCGUUCACCGUCUGCUAAGAAAGGGUAACUAUGCGGAGCGCGUCGGGGCCGGGGCGCCCGUGUACUUGGCGGCGGUGCUGGAGUACCUGACGGCCGAGAUCCUGGAGCUGGCGGGGAACGCGGCCCGCGACAACAAGAAGACCCGCAUCAUCCCGCGCCACUUGCAGCUGGCCAUCCGCAACGACGAGGAGCUCAACAAACUCCUGGGGAAAGUCACCAUCGCCCAGGGGGGCGUCCUGCCCAACAUCCAGGCCGUCCUCUUGCCCAAGAAGACCGAGAGCCACAAAGCCAAGGCUAAGUAAUUUGCAACUCUUUCAAAAAGCUGUCGCCCAGGAGGCAAAACAA